CUCACUUCCUGAAGCUCCAGAAAAGAAGCCGCUUUUGCACCGGGGGGGCAGAAACAACACACACGCAAAGACACACAACAACAACAACAACAUGGAGGGGACGAGUUAAAGUUCGUGCGGGUGGUGGAAUGGGUGGGAAGCCGUGUGUGAGACGGAGAGACGUUUUGAAAAAGAAAGCCCAAUGUCGGGGAAGCUGUGUUAGCUGGGGAGCUAAGCUAAGCUAAGCGGCCUAGCAAACUAGCUAACGGCUCCAGCGCGCAUUAUCGGCUGUCGCUUUACUUUUAUUCAGUUUAUGUUUCCGGCGCAAAAAAACACAAAAAACUCCACCUGUUGCCUUUUUAAACACGUUAUUGCAGACCGACAGGUAACGUGUCUGUCUCCUGCCACGUCCUUCGCACUUUGUUUUUGUUUUUUUUAAAGCUAACUUGUUAGCCCGGUCCUGCUAUGCUAGCUUGUUCGUUAUUUUGCCAGCUAGCUAGCUAACUUUCCAAAGUUGCUGCAGAAACCCCUGUCGGUGUGUCUGCGUGUGAGAUGCCCGGCCUGGCAGGACAGCCCCUGGUUCUUUUCCCCACAGGAGACGUCCUUCUCGCUGCCUACUGAAUGUCCCUAGCCUUGAUAUUUUCCACCGUCGUGUUUUUCAAGCUUGGUGUUUGUUAGCUAGCUAGCAGGCUAGCCAUGUCUGUCCCGUCCGCAGAAAUGCUCGAGACGCCUCCUGGGUAUCCCUUCGAAGAGAUUGAGUAUGCAGACAUUGAAGUGGAAGAGGUGGUGGGCAGAGGAGCUUUUGGGGUCGUGUGCAAAGCCAAAUGGAAAGGCAAAGACGUGGCCAUCAAGACCAUAGAGAGUGAAUCAGAAAGGACUGCCUUUGUCGUAGAGCUUCGUCAGCUGUCUCGUGUGAAUCACCCCAACAUUGUCAAGUUGUAUGGAUCGUGUCAGAGUCCAGUAUGUCUGGUGAUGGAGUAUGCAGAAGGGGGCUCUUUGUAUAACGUGCUGCACGGCGCAGAGCCUCUCCCUCACUACACGGCGUCGCACGCCAUGAGCUGGUGUCUGCAGUGCGCUCAGGGCGUCUCGUAUCUCCACGGCAUGAAACCAAAGGCGCUCAUUCACAGGGACCUCAAGCCACCCAACCUGCUGCUGGUCGCCGGGGGCACCGUGCUCAAGAUCUGUGACUUCGGGACAGCGUGCGACAUCCAGACCCACAUGACCAACAACAAAGGCAGCGCAGCCUGGAUGGCUCCUGAGGUGUUCGAAGGCAGCAACUACAGCGAGAAGUGUGACGUCUUCAGCUGGGGUAUUAUUCUCUGGGAGGUGAUCACGCGCAGGAAGCCGUUCGAUGAGAUCGGAGGUCCAGCUUUCCGGAUCAUGUGGGCCGUGCACCGCGGAACUCGUCCUCCUCUCAUAAAGAAUCUGCCCAAGCCCAUAGAAAGUCUGAUGACUCGAUGCUGGUCCAAAGAUCCCUCGCAGCGGCCUUCCAUGGAGGAGAUUGUCAAGAUCAUGACUCACCUCAUGAAGUAUUUCCCGGGGUCAGACGAGCCUCUGCAGUACCCCUAUCAAUAUUCAGACGAAGGCCAGAGUAACUCCGCCACCAGCACAGGUUCCUUCCCGAGCAUGAGCAACAAGAACGACGGGAGCAUGGAUCACGGCACGCCGGCCGGCACCAACGACACCAUCAAGACCAUCGAGAAGUUCGCACCGUUCAAACCAAAGGCUGAUCCACUGAGACCCGGGCAUUCUCUGUCGAGAGGAGGCAGCGUUGAGAGUCUGUCAGUGUCAGGCCGGACACACUGUCUGCCCUCAACGGACAACAAGCGAAUGAGCGCCGACCUCUCCGAGCUUAGGCAGGACGACAAGAUGCAGUUCUCUCUAGCUCGGCCGCAGUAUAAACGAGGCCACCGCAAAACGGCGUCGCACGGCACCAUUCUGGACAUUCCAGAGAUCGUCGUCACAGACGUACAGGCUUUUCUUUUAAAAGCCUCCUGCGAACUUAGACGGAGGUCAAUACAGGACAUCCCCGCCGUCUUUCCUGGAGACACAGGACCGGAAAGCAGGAACAGCAGCAGGUCGUCCAGUCCCAGCGUCAGGAUGAUCCCGUCCGAUAAAAACAGAUGCUUAGUCUAUUCACCUGACGAUCCUACAGACACUAACGGCUCUGAUAACUCCAUCCCCAUGGCUUAUCUCACCCUGGAUCACCAGUUACAGCCACUCGCUCCGUGCCCGAACUCCAAGGAGUCGAUGGCGGUGUUCGAGCAGCACUGCAAGAUGGCGCAGGAGUACCUGAAGGUGCAGACAGAGAUCGCCUUGCUCAUCCAGAGGAAGAACGAGCUGAUCGCCGAGCUCGAUCAGGACGAGAAGGACCAGCAGAACACCUCUCGACUGGUCCAGGAGCAGAAGAAGCUUCUAGAAGAGAACAAGAGCUUGUCCACUUACUUCCAGCAGUGCAAGAAGCAGCUGGAGCUCAUCCGCGCACAGCAACAGAAAAGACAGGGCACGUCAUGAUGCGUCGUCGUGUUAAAAACAAGAAAAGAAAAGAAAAAACAACACACACACACACAAGCCCCACACGCAGACUGGCUCGCCUCAUUUUCUUUAGUUUUUUUUUUUUUUCAUUCUUUUCAGCCCGAGUUUAUCCUGAUUUCCUCCUGUAGCAUUUCGACGCCGUGGAUCGAAUAAGGCCAAGACUGUGUACACGAGCGCAUGCUGCCUCCAGAACAGGAUCCAGAGCAUCUGAUAAAAUGCCAGUCCUCUUUUAUUACAAAAAAACAAAAACAAUGUGUGUGUAUGUGAGAAAGAGAGAGCGUGUGUGUGUUUUCUGUGUACAUGCACGAAUGGUCCUGACGAGCCAAAGUUUAGCCUUUUUGUGUUUUUAUUUUUUUUGUUUUGUUUAUUGUUUUUAAACAGCAGAUUCAUGGCCUUAGUGAAGGACCACGUCUGUGUAAAUCCUCGUCGGUUCACAGGGACGUCGGUUCGAUCCGUCAUCCAUCCCACAGCUCCUCCCUCGUGACCCCGCCCCUCCGGAGGAUCACGCGUUUGCCGUGCGGCCGACGAUCCUCGAGAAUGUGAACAGCAGUUUUACAAGUUACACGGAUUCUAAACUAGUUUUAUUUUGUUGAUGUGUAUAUAUUAUAUAUUAUAUAUAUAUUAUAUAUCUUAGUUGAUAUCUUAUUUUCAUUUUUAAACCUUAUGCAAAAACUACGUACCUUCUACGAUAUUUCUCGCUAACGUUCGAAAAGGGGGAUGUAUUUUGCGUAUGCCUUGCACGUUGUACCUUCAACCCAGCGCCUGUGACGAAAUAAGGGAGCCUCAAGAGAAAAGAAAAGAAAAAAAAAAUAGAUGCAAUAUUUUAAACCGAUUUUCUUGUUUUGUUUUUAUUAAUCAGCCGUCUAGCCAGAUUAACCCGGUUCAGCAGUAUAAGAUUACAUAAUUGUGAUACCAAGCCAGCUAAACAAUAUCAGUGUUCGAGUUUUAUUUGUAUUUUUAUUUUCAAAUCUUUUUUUUUUUAUCCCGCCCUCUUGUUUAUUUAUCAUACGUACAGUGACUUGCACACACAGGUAUCGAUGGGGUCGAAGCUGUAGAAUCAAGCAGGCUUGCUCCUGCCUGAUCUGUUUCUGAAUUUUAUUUUUUUUUGUAAUUGUUUUAAGUAUUCUUUAGUUCACAUGUUGCCUUAGAGGUUUAAUCGCUUGCGUUUACUUGCGUUUUAAUAAGGCAGACUCGUUAAUUGUUAUUAACAGUAUAACCAAUUGGUGUGUGUGAGUGGAAUUUUUUUUUUUUUUUUUUUUUAUCCAAAGGAAUGGAAUCCGGAAGCUAACGUGAGCCAGAUUUCUUUUCUAAAUCUGGUCCGAGAUGAGUUUGUUAAAUAUGCUGCAGAAAUCACUGACCGUCACGUUUUUCAUUUUAUCAAGUCGUCAGUUACGUCUCAUCUAAGAGAGAGAGAGCGAGAGUUCCCCUUUGUUUGAACCCCUGAGCUUGUCUGUUCCACACAGGUGACAUCUCUUCUCUUUCCUCCUUCUGAAAUUUGUUCACUCCCAGUUUUUUUUUUUUCCCCCAAUGCACAGUCACCUUUUGUUCACUUUCGUUACAUCUCAUUCACCCACCCAAAAAAAAAGUUUCUGAGCACGAAAAGUUCACAAUCUUCAUUUCUCUCCUUGUGUUUUUUUUUUCUAUUUUUUUUUUUCAUUUAAUUGUUCUGUACGAAAUUUGUUUAGUUUCUUCCUCGAGUUGAGUUUGUACGAUGAGUGUCUGUACUAUGCGCUGUACAUAAGACGUCUGAUUUCUUAAGCUAUGGGGAGCGGGAUUGCACAGAAAAGGUAUCGCAUCUUGAAAUAAAAACAGACAGGUGGACAUCGUUGAACUCUUUACUGUCUCUCUGUCUCACUGCGUGACUUUC